AUGUAUUUUUAUCGCUAUUUUUUCCACAUACUUUUUCUAAGCUCAAUCAUAUCAACAAUUGAAACAUUUUCAAUUGCAAGUACUCAUAAUGAUAUUAAUCAGGUAUCUCGACAGCUAGUUCAAGUCAAAGCAGUUAAUAAAAGCAGUCGACAACCAAAUGCAAAAUUUCGUAAAAAGACCUAUUUAUUGACGAUGCUUCCAGUAGCAAAAGGUGAUCAUAUAUACAACAGUGCUGGCGAACAAGAAUGGGAAAUAAAAAGAGAAACAGAUACGCAAUUUGCCAUGUAUGGUGAAAAUCUUAAUGGUGCUCAACUAUCGUUUACAACGCAUCCCAAAUCAUGCACAUGGGAACGUAAAAGCACAGUCUAUACAUUGCAAACUGAUGCAUCUGAUCCACAUGAACAUAUGAUUGAACGUGCUUUUGUUAAUUUUAAUUUACCCUAUUAUAAUUCAACUUUAUAUAUGUGUGUAACACCAAAUAAUUCUACCGAAGUAUUUCAUCAAGGAAAUCGAGCUGCAUUAAAGAUUCGAGUUACUCGUCGAGCUAUACCUGUUUGGACAACCAUAAUUUGCUUAAUUUGUCUUCUUUCGUUAUCCGGUCUUUUUUCUGGUUUAAAUCUUGGUCUAAUGUCAUUAACGCCGCAUGACUUAAUUGUGAUACAAGAAGCUGGUACAACAAAUGAUCGUAAAUAUGCCAAAAAAAUCUAUCCCGUACGUAAACAUGGCAACUUUUUAUUGUGCACCAUUUUAUUGGGAAAUGUUUUGGUCAAUUCAACUACAACUAUUCUACUUGAUACAUUAAUUAGCGGCGGUUUAGCUGUAGCCGGUGCAACGUUAGCCAUUGUUAUUUUUGGUGAAAUUAUUCCACAAGCUGUAUGUUCACGACAUGGACUUAAAGUUGGUUCACAAACAAUUCGUUUAACACAACUUUUUAUGUUUGUCACAUUUCCAGUAUCUUUUCCAUUGAGUAAAUUGCUCGAUAUAACUUUAGGCGAAGAAGUUGGCGCACGUUAUACACGCGAUCAAAUGAGUGCUCUAUUAAAACAUACACAAACAACUGAUAUUGAAGAUCGUGAAAAAGUUAUGAUGACCGGUGUACUAAGUUUGAAAGGAAAAAAAAUUCGUGAUAUAAUGACAAAUUUAAUUGACGUUUUUAUGCUUGAGGCAAAUCAUAUUGUUGAUGAUGAACUUGUUUUAAAUAUUCAUGGUUAUGGAUAUUCAAGAAUACCUGUUUAUGAAGGACGACGGGAUAAUAUAAUUGGCCUGGUCAAUAUACGUGAUUUUGCAUUACUUGAUACUGAAUCAGGAAAAUUUACUGUAAGAAACAUAAUGAACUUCUACAAACAUCGUCAUGGUACAGCUAUAACACCAGAUGAUUCAAGUUAUGACGUAUUUAAUCUAUUUAAAAAGGAACAAUAUCAUUUAGGUGUUGUAGUUGAAUAUGAUAAUACGAGUGAAAAAGAUCCAAAAGAAAAAGCUGUUGGUAUUGUUACACUAGAAGAUAUUAUUGAAGAAAUGAUUCAAGAAGAAAUUAUUGAUGAAACUGACGUAUUUACUGAUAAUCGUCGUAAAGUGCGAAAUAUGCUUUCGCAAGCACCGAAUUUUUCAGCAUUUAUUCGAACAACAACAAAUGCAGUUGCAAGUAAAAUAUCAGCACAAAUGAAGGUAGCUGUUUUUCAAUUUCUUUCAAUAAGUGUUGAACCUUUUCAUGAUAGAUUUAUAUCUGCUCAUAUAUUCAGUCGGUUACUAAAUGUUGAUCUAUAUAAAGAAUUUGAAUUCGAUGAAGAUGAUGCUAAAGCUGGAAAAGUCACAUAUAUUUAUGAGUAUGGUAAACCAGCAGAUUAUUUUGUACUUAUUGUUAAUGGCAAAGCAGAAUUGGAAACAGGAAAAGAAAAAAUUGUUAGUGAAGUCGGUUCAUUUUCUUAUUUUGGUGUUAGUGCGCUUUAUAAUUCCGACGAAAAGGUUGACGAUCUUAUUCGAUUAAAAUCAAAUAAAUUUCGCCCAUUUAUACCUGAUUUUAGUGUACGUGUUAGUGAAGAUGUACAAAUUUUACGUAUACGUCGUGUGCAUUGGCUAGCUGCUGUACGAGCAACUUACUUUGAAAAUAAACAAACUGCCAAUGGAGGUACGCUGAUGCUUGAUUCUGAUGGCGAACAAAUCGAUUUAUUAACACAAGAACUAGAAAUGGCUGAUCAUGUUGAUGCAAUUACUGCUACUGGGCAAGAUGGUACCAACGGAGAAGGAAAUGCACUACGUGACAGACAAUCAUCAUUUGCACCAACAAUAACAUCCGAUAGAGGAACGACGGCAAUGACAGAGCAAGAAAAAUUAGUAGCUCGAAACCAAGCAACGUCUAGUGUGUCCAGUACAGCUAGUACAUCAGGUCGAAAUACACCAACAUUAACAGCAAAACAAAAACGACAACUAUUUGAUUCGGAACCGUUAACAGAACCACCAUCAUUAACAGGUGGAAAUGUAUCAUCGAAAAAUCGUUCGUUAACUUAG